AUGCUGCAUCAAAGAGCGCAGGACGACGGCGCUGAUGCGGUGCUCGGCCGUUUCAUGCCCUUCGAACCUUCGGCCGCUCCCGCCUACAUCUUCUGCGCCAUCAACCUUGGACUCUGUUUCGUCUUCUUGUUUCACAUCCUCCGCAAACGGGAUUGGUAUGCACUUGCUCUUCCAACAGGAUGUCUAGUACAAGCAAUCGGCUACGUCAACAAGGUCCGCUUCCACUCCAAUCCAACGUUCGGUCUCUACUUCUCCGGCGAUUUGUUUGUUCAGAUCGCUCCCGUGGCGUAUCUCGCCUUCAACUACAUCCUCCUCGGCCGCAUUGCCCACGUUCUCGAGUCCAAUCCAAGCAUCACAAAAUCAAAGCGCCGUCUCGUCGGGUUCUCGCCGCGUUGGGUCAAGACGUUGUUCGUAUGGAGCGACGUCGUCACCCUUCUCGUCCAAGUCGCCGGUGGGCUCAUGAAGAUUUCCAGCGAUGUUGCCACCUUGGGUCACUACAUUGGCCUUAUCGGCAUCGGUCUGCAGCUUUUUUCCUACAUCAUUUACACCAGUCUGCUCCGAAGGUGUCAGAGGUCUUGUCCCAGCCUCAAGCAAGAUGAGGCAGGGUGCGGCAGAAGCGCCAUCCACCUCUUCCGAGUACUUUGGCUCAGUUCCGUAUUCAUCAUUAUCCGACUCCUGUACAGAAUCAUCGAACUGGCUCCCGGCCCAGACUCGCGCAUCUCUGCAAGCCAGGCAUGCUUCUACCUUCUCGAUGCACUUCCCCUCGUCUUCGCACUUGCACCAUACACGCUCGCCUGGCCUUCCAGAGUGUUCCCCGCGAUCAGCUUUCGCGGCCGCCCACCGAUUCCGUCCGGUGAGGACACGAUCUCCAAGCUUCCGCUCACACACAAUCCCUAUCAACAUGCAUGA